UUGGGACCAUGGCUGUUGACUGGAUUGGUUUUGCAUAUGCUGCGUUGCUGGCUGUUGGAGGUGUUGUAGGAUACACUCGUAAAGGUAGUAAAAUCUCUUUAGCUGCUGGUCUCACCUUUGGUUCUGUGGCUGGUUAUGGAGCUUACUGCGUAACACGUGAUCCAAGAAAUGUGAAGAUAUCAUUGUUUACAGCUUUUCUUUUGACCAUUAUAAUGGGAAUGAGGUUCAAGAGGUCCAAGAAAUUAAUGCCAGCCGGACUAGUAGCAUGCCUGAGCCUUUUGAUGAUUUUGAGGCUUGUUUUUAUGCUGCUGUAGGCGAGUUUAGCAACUUAAGGACCCAAGUACGACUGCCACGCCCACCGAACAAACAGGCAAGCUCUCCAUACUUGAAAGACAAGUUUGAACACAAGUCUUAAAUUGCAUUUAUCUUUUCUGUAAAAGAUCUGUACCUGUUAUUGGAUUAUUGACAUUUGCUAAUGUUUUGCAAGCUUUUUUAAAAAAUAAAACCAAUGUUUUGUUGAGGAUAUAUUUUGAUCUACUUCCGUUUAAGCAGUCUGUUAACUCAAGAGGUGUUUCUCUGUAAGUUUGAUCUCUUUCAGGGGUGCUGAGCACCCCAAGAAAUUGAGUUAGUAUUGCACUGUACUUCUGAGAAAAGAAUUUAUAUAAAUACCUGUUUAUGCUAAAAA